GCCACCACAGCGCCUCCACUCUCCCCAGAUCCAAUCGCACCCGCUCCCUCCUCUGUGCGCCUGGGUUGAGAGGUCGCUGGUUCUUGCGCCGUCGGAAAGGAUGCCUUCCCAUCACCGGCUCCGUUCCACCAUGUGGGGCGUCUGCUCCGUGUUGCUCGGCGCCCCUGGAUCUCUCUCGUCAAAUAGCACUGGUCCACUCCAGGUGAAGGACGGCCCCGACAUCGUCGCCACCAGAUUGGGCUACUCCUGUCCUCGUUGGCGCAUCCCGCAUAUCUGCUUCUUCAGAAAGUCAUCGUUGUUGUCUUUUUUUCCUCCAGAUCUGGCGUUUCUUUGCCCUCCACUUAUCCUCUCCAUUUAUAUGUGCAAUUCAUACUCUAAUGUCUACUCCCCUUUGCAGAUCCAUCCCAACUUUCCUCCCCGAGCCAUGGAUCAAGUUAUGGUGAUUCCAUCACCAAGCGCCAGCAGGAGAAGUGUCAAGAGCGCUGGUGGGGCCAAGAACAGGAGCACAAGCAGAACCAGAAGCAAGAGCAAGAGUAGGAGCCGGAGGAGGAGCACCACCAAGAGUAAGAGCAGGAGCAGGAGUCGCAGUCGGAGCAGAAGUCGAAGCCCUCGGCAAGAUAGGCUGCACAGCGAGCGUUCAUCCCGGCGCAGCCGUAGCUAACUUCGUCGUGUCCGCAGUCCUCCUCGUCGCAGCGAACGUCGUA